AUGCGUUUGUCAACCGCCCUGAUCUCGGUGGCCUCAGCCAUCGUGUUCGCAGUCUCGUCCUCCGAGGCCGUCAACAACCCCGUCGUCGCCGGAUACCUCCUCCUCAACCCGACCAACGGACCCGCCAAGCUUAAGGCCCUCGCCGACAAUGCCGCUAACAUCCCCAUCAACCGAAUCUUUUUGGCAUUCGCUCGUCCCGGUAUGGUCUACGUUCCCAAUUCCAACACCCUUGAACGCGUUGGAUUGGCUUAUGGAACCUCGGGAGACUAUGGGUUUGCGGAUCUUAAGGCUCAGGUUGCGAAGCUUAAGGCUGGAGGUGUUGAGGUCUUCUUGUCGAUGGGAGGAUGGAACUAUGGUUGCUUCCCUUACCUUUACACGUACUACUCCGUCGGAGGCUACGGAACUACGACUCCCAACUACUACAAGAUCCAGGAAAACGGUGGAUCGCUCGCUGCUUGCACAGAGGCAAACAUGUGGUGCUACACCUGCGAGCCCCAAUCCGAGGGCACCGUCCUCGCAGAUUUCGACAUCUUCCCCGAGCCCACCAACUCGUCCGUCUGGCAGGCUGCUCUGACCUACAUUAAGGCCGGUGCCAAGGGAGACGCUCCCGUUUUCCACCCCGAGAUGGUCCCCGGAACCCAGUGGAAGGAUCCCAAGAACCAGCAGACUAACUUGGUCCCUGGUGAUGGAUACUAUGCCAAGGUCAACCGCGACCCUUACCAGGAUCUUGUCUACCUCGGAAAGGACCUCGGCUUGACCGGUGUUGAUAUCGACUACGAAGAGAUGUGGCACGCUGAUUACUACAAGAACGGUCCUGCUGCUGGUCCCUGGACUAACCACCAGACCACGUACAAGUAUGCCGCCAUCAUGCAAGACGUCCGCCUCAGCAUUCAGGCCAUCGCUCCCAACCUUCUCCUCGCCACUGCCGCCUCGGCCGCCGGAGGUCUCUCGACCAACUGGUGGGGUGGUAACCUUAAGAACAUUUGGUACAACUUGAACCAGUGGUACCCCGACCUCUACAGCUUUGUCGCCACUACUGGAGGAGUCAAUGUUAUGACCUACGAUUUGUCCAACAACCAGCAGUUCUACGAGUGCCCCGACGCCAACACAUGCUCCCUCAGCGCACAGGUCAACUACUACAUGAAGUCCUAUGCCGACAACAAUAUGCUCGCCCACGUUGGAUACGAGAUCGGAACCCCUGCCUACCCCGACUAUAACCACGAUGCUUCCCAUCAGUUGCCCUUGAUCCAGUCCGAGCUCACCUCCAUCCUUGCCGUCCAGGGAGCCAAGGGAGGUUUCUUCUGGGAACUGUACAAGGGUAUUGGUAAGCAGCCCAACAACGUCGAGGUCAGCUCCGUCGCUCAACAGAUCUGCAAGGCUGCUCUUGGUGCCAGCACCCCCCGUUGCGCUGGAUCCAUCCCUCAACCCGGUGGAGGACCGAGCCCCACUGCCUCAUCCACCGUCACUGCCACCGUCUCUACUACCGUCGCGCCUACCACAUCCCCUACUACUCUCCCUACCACCACCACCCCCGGCGGCGGCGGUCAAUGCACCCUCCCUGCCUGGUCUGCCUCGACCUCCUACUCUGGCGGUGCCAAGGUCUCGUACAACGGUCGUCAGUACACCGCCCAGUGGUGGACCCAGGGCAACGUCCCUUCGUCUGGAUCUCCUUGGGUUGAUGACGGUGCUUGCUCUGGUACUGGACCCACUCAGACCGCUACCCCUGGCUCGUGCGGUAGCACUGCCGCCUGGGCGUCUGCUACUGCCUACUCUGGUGGAGCCAAGGUCACCUAUGGAGGAUUCACGUACACCGCCCAGUGGUGGACUCAGGGCGAUACCCCUGGCUCUGCUGCCGUUUGGUCCAAGGGUGCUGCCUGCUCUGGUACCCUCCGUCGUCGCCUCUACUUCUAA